AUGGAAAUCGGAAAUCAAACGCAGAUUUAUUCUGCUGAGCGUAUCAACAUCACCCUCUUGAAAGCAUGCUCGCAAAUACCGGAUGUGAGUCCAACCGGCCGUUAUACAACAGCAGUUCCGUUCUGUUUGAUCCUUGCCGUUUCAGCACUGAAAGAAUUGUUUGAAGAUUGGAAACGACGGCUUUCCGAUCAACAAGUAAACAAUUUUCAAACUUUUGUUCUGAAGGGUGGCGAGUGGAAUAAAAUCAAAUGGAAAGAGGUGAACGUCGGUGAUAUAUUACGUGUCCAAAGCGAUGAGUUAUUCCCAGCUGAUAUGGUACUGUUGUCGUCAAGUGAACCGAAUGGAAUGGCUUAUAUUGAAACAUCGAACUUGGACGGUGAAACGAAUCUAAAAAUCAAACAAGCAUUGCGAGGCACAUCACACCUGAUUGAUCCGCAUAAGCUAUCUGAAUUCGAAUUUGAUAUUGAAUGUGAGGUGCCGAAUCGAAGAGUUAAUGAAUUUGCGGGAACGAUUAAUUUUGAUAAUUCACCCCAUCUUCUCGGUAUCAGCCAGAUUCUUUUGAGAGGGACUCGUUUAAAGAAUACGCAAUGGAUAUUCGGUGCUGUCAUUUAUACUGGACAUGAUGCAAAAAUAUUGAUGAACUCCAAAGCAGCUCCUUUGAAAAGGUCGAGUAUAGAUGUCUUAACUAAUCAGUAUAUGGCAUAUCUAUUCGUAAUACUUCUAGCACUUGCGGUCUUCAGUGCUUGCGGUGCAUAUUAUUAUGAACAUCAACUUUACGGUGUUGCCUAUUAUCUAGGUGCUACUGGAUCGAAAGAAUCAAAUUUCUUGUGGAAUGUGGUAACAUUUUUUAUUUUAUACAAUAAUCUAAUCCCGAUAUCUCUCCAAGUCACUCUCGAGAUGGUACGAUUCUUCCAAGCGUCGUUCAUUAAUUUUGAUUUGGAAAUGUAUGACGAAGCAUCGGAUACGAGAGCUAUUGCGAGAACAUCUAACUUAAACGAAGAACUUGGACAAGUGAAGUAUUUAGUAACCGAUAAAACGGGGACAUUAACGCGUAAUAUAAUGAAGUUCAAACGUUGUUCAAUUGCUGGUAUGAACUUUGGCACUGAUGAAGGCGAUGAAUUUAAUGACGCUGGUAUUCAGGAAUGCUUGGAUUCUAAUUCUGAGCAAUGCAAGUGGAUAGUCGAAUUUCUACGAGUAAUGUCAGUUUGUCAUACGGUGGUGCCAGAAAAGGGUGAUACUAAUGAUUUGUCAAGCACCAAAUAUCAAGCAUCGUCACCUGAUGAAGGUGCUUUAGUUAGAGCUGCGCUCGCGUUGAAUUUCGUUUUUCAUACAAGAUAUCCAGACAGAGUUAUUGUUAAAGAGGAUACAAUGAUAUUCAACCGUCUUGGAAAAGGAUGUAGAUUUAAAGAGGAAACGGAAAAACAUCUGCGUGAAUAUGCAACAAAGGGUUAUCGAACAUUGUGUUUUGCAAUGAAAGUCAUUGAUGAAGAUGAAUAUCGCAAGUGGAAUGAUGAAUUCGAAGCGGCGCUUAAGUCGAUUGAUAAUCUCCAAAAAAAACUGGAUGAUUGUGCUGAAAAGAUUGAGCGUGAUUUGAUCCUCAUCGGCGCUUCUGCAAUUGAAGAUAAACUGCAGGAGGGUGUGCCAGAAACGAUCAAAUCGCUGAAGGCAGCUGGCAUUCAUGUGUGGAUGUUGACGGGCGACAAACGAGAAACGGCUGUCAAUAUAGCAAUUGCAGCCGCUUUGUGCACCUCUGAAACCCCAACAAAGUCCAUAUCAAGGGAAAAUAUGGCAACUAUAAUCGCGACUUCUCCAAAGGAUGAUGAAAACAUGGUUUUACUUAUUGAUGGAAGUGUCGUAAGUGAUGUGUUCAGUGGUGAACGUCCCGAUGAACUAUGUGAAUUGUUAUGUCUUUAUGAAGCUGUAAUAUGUUAUCGAUUGACACCUAUACAAAAAGCGGAAAUAGUCGAGUUUAUAAAACGGCAUGAAAAUCACGUCUUAGCGAUCGGUGAUGGUGCUAAUGAUGUGGCGAUGAUACAGGCUGCGAACGUUGGUGUUGGUUUAUUAGGUGAAGAAGGUCUUCAAGCAGCAUCAGCGAGUGAUUACGCGAUUGCACAGUUCCGUUUUUUGCAGCGAUUGUUACUUGUUCACGGAACAUGGAACCUAGAUCGUAGUGUCAAGGUUAUUUUAUAUUGCUUUUAUAAAAAUAUCUGUUUAUAUCUGAUCGAACUUUGGUUCGCAUUCAACUCAGCUUUCUCUGGUCAAACUUUAUUCGAACGUUGGACCAUAGCGUUAUUCAAUGUCGCUUUCACUGCAUUCCCACCGAUUACGUUCGGUUUGUUUGAUAGGGCCAUUUCUGCCAAAACUAUGCUCAGUGAUCCGUCGCUUUAUGAAAAGUUUCAGUCAACGGUCUUCCCGAUGCGGAAGUUUGUUCUAUGGAUUGGAAUGGCAGUGUGGCAUUCAUUGUUGUUAUAUCUGCUUUCCUAUGGUUUCCUUCAGAAUGAAAUUUUUGAAACUGCAAGCGGCUCAGAUGCUUGGUUAUUGCUUGGUAAUUCAUGUUAUUCGUUUGUGGUUGCAACGGUUUGUUUAAAAGCGUUAUUGGAAUGUUAUUCGUGGACACCGAUAGUGAUUGCGUCAUCUAUUGGAUCGAUCAUUCUAUGGUUCAUUUUUUUACCGAUCUAUUCAGCGAUGUGGCCUUAUAUACCAUUAGGAGAGGAAAUGUGUGGUAUGGCGUAUAUGAUGAUGUCAUCUCCCAGUUUUUGGCUUGCCUUUGUAUUAAUCCCAUUUACCGCACUUCUGACCGAUCUCGCCAUUAAAAUAGUGCUUAGAAGCAUUUUUCCGUCGGCGCGUUUGUUGGCUCGCAUCGGUAAAGCUUCGAAUGUCGAAGCUACGAUUGCAAGUGUUGGAAGAGAAGCUGAACAAAGAAUACGAGAUGAAUGUCAUCAGUUGAAUGGCGGCACAUCCCAUGAAACAGUGAUGUAUGGUAGCAUAAGUGAACUCAAUGAAUUAGCAGGAUACGCCUUUUCUCAGGAGGAGGGUGGAGAGGUGUCACAAGGUGAUAUGGUAAGAGCAUACGAUUCAACCCGCAGAAAACCAACUGCGGUCCCACAAAAAAUCUGUGGAUCGGCCUAUAAAAAGAAGAAAAAUGACCAAAACUCCCAACCCAAAAACACCGGUGCUGUACAGUAUAUAUCGGUUUACGUUUUGGAACUACAAUUCACAUAG